AUGGCAGAAAAGAGUAAUCUGUCCCAAGAAUUCACACUUCCCAAACACAGACACAAGCUAAAGGUCAUCGAGCGGCCUCUCGAUGAGGACUCUGUUUGCAACAUGUGCUUCCUGAGCUGCAAAGAAUCUAAUAUCCAUGCUUGUGAGAUCUGUAGGUUCCGGAUACAUGUUUCAUGUGCUCAGGGAAUAGAAGAAUGGAAACUGAAUCCUGCAGGAAGUCGUAAACAACAUGAUCAUUUCCUAAUUCUCCAGCGAAGGCCCGCCACUUUCCAUUGUGAUGCUUGUGGUAAGGAAGACAAUAAAGAGCCCUCUUAUCUAUGUACUGAAUGUCAAUUCUGGAUACAUAACAGCUGUGCCAAUUUGGACCCGGAGUUCAACCACGGAGACCAUGACCACAAGCUCUCCCUCGAGUUUUCUCUUCCAGAAGAAUUUCGAGAAUUCAAACUCUCCUGCGAAGUCUGCAGCGAAAAACUCCUUCCUGCUUAUUGGGUUUAUCAUUGUGGUCCUUGCAGAUACUUUGUACACGUCAAAUGUGCCGGGAAAAAGAGAAUGGCAGCUGAUGAUAACAUCGAGGCCUUUCCUAAGUUGAACUUGGCCCUGCUGCCAGAGGCUAAUGAAACUGUGCAACUUAUAGUAAGGUUUCUUAAUCAAAACGGCAUUUUAGAAAAUCUAAUGCCAUUGCAGAUUGACAAUUUUCAACACAAGAUGCAUUCGUUAGUUCUUUCAAAUAACACAAACAAGGAUAAAUUAGUCUGUGAUGGCUGUGUUGGGCCUAUUGUUGACCGGCGGUAUUAUAGUUGUCAACAGUGCAGUUACUUUCUACAUAUAACUUGCUCUCAGUUACCGGGAGAUCUGGAGCUGUAUCAUCCAUUUCACCCGGAACAUCCACUUUACAUAAGGCAUCCAGAGUAUUGCUGUUUCUUCCGGCAAUGCAGUCAUUGUAAAUUAGACACUAACGGUUGGUGGUUUGAAUGCACAGAGAGAGAUUGUGGCUUCCACCUUGAUAUGAAGUGUGCUUUUAUACCUAAAGCUAUUGCUCAUAGAUCACAUAGGCACCCCCUUUGUCGAAUUUCAGUUUCCAAUGUCGAUUGCAGCGCUUGUGGCAGACGCCUCUCUGGUUUGUCAUACGGUUGUAAAGCCUGUGGUUUCUACCUAGGAAAUGAUUGUGCUCUAUUGCCGGCUACUACCACCCACAAAUGGGAUGAACACCCACUUACUCUCAUUUUCCCCCCUUUCACUGACCAUCCAGAUGAAUUCUUGUGUGAGAUCUGUGAAACAUUUGCACAUCCCAAGUAUUGGCUCUAUCAUUGUAGGGAAUGUGAUCAAUCUUUUCAUCCACAUUGCAUCCCUCGACAUGGUAUGUCUCGCAAUAUCAAGUUUGGUAGCACCAUCCAAAUUGCUGAGCACUCACUAAAAUUAGUCGAAAAAGGUGAAUUUAAGUCCCAGUGUGGUGUAUGUCGAGACCAUUUGUAUGAGACAGAAGCCCUGCUCUGCACAGCUUGUAAUUUGCAUAUUUGCCGCAAAUGUAUUUGUGUCAAUCUGAAAAAGGAGGAUACAGCAAUUAUAUCGCCUUGCAGUAAAACUCUCGGGGAUUCUUAA